AUGGUUUUAGAUACAGACAGACCUCCUCUUCCGGCACCUACUGAACCCUCGACUCUCGAUUCCUCAGACGAAAACAACCAUACAGACGACGUCGAUACCAACGUCUCAAACCGCACCGACAGAACAUCCUACUCCGUCCCCGAAGACGGCACUCCCAUUACUAUCAACACCACCUCGCCCACCAAGCCUCGCGGCAGCCGCGUCCUCCACAAGAAGUUCCCCUCGCAGACUUCGCUGCUCAUCGAGUACUUCGAAGCAGGCGAGACCGAAGGCCAAGUCCGCUCGCGCCCCAGUGUGCGCGUAAGGGUCACCCCUUCCUCCCGCAAGAGCAGGAACAGCACCGCGAGCGAUCACGUCCAAAUCACCCAGACCACCCGCCACUCCCACGCCGCAUCCUAUUCCCGGCGCAUCUCCCUCCACAGCAAAUCGCACGACGGAUUCUACGACGCGCGCCGGUCUACAGUCGAUUACUCCGACCUCUCCAACAUCUCAUCUCUCCCGCCCGUCGACAUCGAACUGCUGCCCGACCACAGCGACGUCUCUAGCGACGGCGGACGCUACCUCCCUAUGCCCUCGGACAUAUCGUCCAUGCCCGCAGACAGUAUGACAGGCCAAACAGAGAUUCUCCCGCCCGCGCGGCGCAGGAGCCGAAGCCUAGAACGGGACGCAGUCACCGAAUCCAUGGUAUCAGAGGCCAUUCAGGACACGCUAAAAGCACCCCGCCACCACCGAAGCAGAAGCCUUAGCAAAGACCGCAUCACACAGCGCGUCAUGGAGAAGCUACAGCAGCAGGCCGCAGAAGGCGGUACAAUCAAGUCCAAGGACAGAUCCACAAAGUCGAGAGAGGCUUCCAGGCGGCGAGAGGACGAACUCGCCUCACCACGCAAGUCGCAUCGCAGAAGGAGCAAAGAGGUCGAUCAAGCGAGCGGCACUGAAUCCAGUCUACUCUCCUCAAAUGCCGACCGUCGCUCUCACGUCUCUGCGACUUCCUCUAUCAACAACCCCAAACUACUGGCCACAGUUGAGGAUGCCAUCAAGCGCCUCAUUCUUCCCGAACUGAAUGCGCUGAAAGAAGAGAACCGCACCUCCAGGAACAUGGACAAGUUCGACCGCGCCAACCGUGACAGCAUAGCCACAUUCGAGACUAUGGAAUCCGACCGCUCUCGCGACCCAUCCAGACGCCGUGUUUCCAAAUCAUCGAGCGCACCCAAGCUCCACAGCAACAAGCCCAAGGUCGUCCUCAACAGGGAUGGUGACAAUCCAGGGACUACACUGACUGGCGGCUCAAGUCGCAAAAGCGAGCGACGAUCCAGUCGAGGCUCCAUCUCAAGCUACGCAGAGUCGACUACCCGUGAUGAGAAGUCUCAUCGGAGAAAGAGCAAGGACGAGAAGACCCUGUCCCAACGAGAUUCCGCCUUAAUUGGGCUUGCUGGAGCUGGUCUCACUACUGCCGCUCUCAAACACCAUACUUCACGAGAAGAGAAGGAGGAAGAACGCAAACACCGCAAGCAUCGCUCCUCUCGCAGCAGUCGAUCUGAGAGUGUGUCAGAAAGUGUGCAUGAGGAACGCGUUCCACCUCUACCAUUUAACCGCAGCGAGCUUAUCGGAGGAUCCGAGCUCACUCGCGAUUCCAUCCUGUCCGCCGAAACCGAGACCAAGGAGAGACCACAGUCGAGGUCAUCGGUCAGCACCGGUAUUACAGGUACAGGUGCUGAGACGCCUCUGCAACAGGUCCCUCGCGGUUACAUCUCGCCAUCUCCACGUACACCGACCCGUACACCUAAUGCGCUUCAACAAACACUCGGCACUUCGCAUAGUAACAAAUCUACCAACGAGGUUCGCACAGCAACCCCGAAGAGCGAUCGCAGCUACACCUCACGCUCGAAAGAAGUCACCGACGCUAGUUUGUCGGCUGCAGCUGCGGCCAAAGCCCGCGCGAUCGAGCGAUCUGAACCUCAAGCAUCACAGUAUGAAAUUGAGAGCGAUACGCAAUCAAGACGUGGUGACACUGUCAGCCCGAUACAAAGCGAGGCUAGCUAUCGGGGGGACGCGCAGACUACAGGCUCACCACGAAGGUUUCAUUCCAUCCGCAGUGGACCUUCCGUGUCUUCUCUCGGCCAUCAGUUCGAGCGACGGGAGUCUAACCUCUCCAUUGCAUCAAUGGACUCAACAGCUAGUACCAAGGCGGCACGUACCCGCAAACGGCCUCAGGGCGUCACUCUUGAAAGCAAGAGGUCUAUCCUAAAUGAGUCCACGGCACCCAAGGACACAAACGAGUUCUUCGAACGCAACCACGAGAAAAACGAGAUGUACCGGCGAGAACUAGAGGAUAGCUCUGUGAACUACAACCGCAUGACUAUGUAUACCGAUGACAGCACGGGUGUAGAGUAUCUUGAUCAAGAACAGAAGAUAGGUGAUCUCCAAGACAUUCGCAAGGUUGGCUCGAAUCCUGAAUACGUCCAUACACCACUAGCUGUAGAGUCAGCCGUCGCGUCUCUGCACGACCCAUCCACCAUCAGUGUUCGAUCGUCAAUGGCCUCCAGCCCGAUCAAGAAGAGCAUGCUAUCGCAGGUUAGCACUAACCCAGCUUACGUGCAAACCGAAGAAGUACCUGCUGGUCAGAGAUGGGCCGCCAUCCGCGACAAGGCGGAAGCACUGGCACAGGAACGACAUGCUGAGGAGUCUCCGAAGCAAAACAUUGCUCGCGAGAAUUCUCCUAGGCAAAGCAUUGCGCAGUCUGAAGAUGGCCAAUCGGUUGUAUCUGAAGCACCUCAAAUGCAUCACAGUGCCUAUCCCGUUGGCAACGAUGAUAUGAUGCCCGAGAUUGGCUACGGUAUGGAUGAUGAUUCAGAUGUGACCACCAACCCAUCGAUCAUCCAAGGGCCCAUCGGAGGGGGAGACGGUUACCACGAUCGUACCGACGAGCUGUUGAGCCGACAAGAAGAGCGGGAGCGUACACCCACCUCGUUCAGCAAAGGUGCCGCCGGACUCGGAGCUGGAGCUGCUGCCAUGGCUGCUGCCGCUGCUUAUGAAAGGCAAGAGCAGCAGACUCCGGAUUCGUUUGAUCAACGACACCAGGCCACCGUAGAAGAUGAAUACGAUCAUCCCUAUCCAGGUGAGCAACAAUACGAGCAGGCAGGCUAUGCGCAGAGUAACCGCACUCCUUUGUCAGGCCAGACCGGCUGGAAAGACGAGGGUUACCAGUCGGCUAAUCAACGUGAAGCGUACACGCCUCAGAACCGCAAUCAUUCAAAGAUAUUUGAUGAUGACGGGUACGGUGAUGAGUACAAUGGCGUGGAUCUUGGCAGUCCUGAUAUGUUUGCUGCUCGUGCCAAACAUGACCGACACGUUAGUGGCAACUCGCACGGCAUGACUUCACCUCUCUACGACGCAGCUACCGGCAAAGGCAUGGACCGCAUCGAAUCGAAAGACAUUGUGGCGCUCAUGGAUCAUCUUACCGUUCGCGACGCGCAGCGCAAUGCACGCGACACCGAGAUUCUGGUGACCCUUGUCCGAAGCGCCGCGGAAAUGCGCAACCAGCUGGACGACCUGAAGCAGUUUAUCAAGACCCAAGAUACCAUGAUCAUGAACACCACUGACAAGCGAGUCAACCUGGCGGAGCAAAGGAUCUUGGGUGGACCUCGACCUCAACCUAUGACGCCACCCCGUAUCAACCGCACAUCUUCAGACGAUGACAUUGAAACCAAGAAAAAGAAUGUCUUCAGGCGUGCCUUGAAGGGCCUGAGCUCUGGUAAGGGAGAUGGAGAUAUCAAGCACAUCGAGCAAAUGCUAGUUCAGUUGCUCGGUGAAGUCGAGGGUUUGAAGCAAGUCAACCAACUCUCGUUGGAUCAGCAGGCGAGGACGAACAGCCUCAACUCGUACGAGAAUUUGCGAGCAAGCGAUGAUGCGGGCUAUGAGCCAGAAGGCCGUGCCAACACUGCGCCCUCUCCCGACCAGUCGGGCUACUUCUCCAAUCCUUCUUCCUCACGGCGCAUUCAAGAUCUCCACUCCGGCUACGAUGUCGUGCCAACGAACCGUAUAAGCACGGUGCGAGAAGAGAGCGAUGAGGAGUACGAUGAGCGCGAUCCACGUUACGAGAACACAGAGCGUAUGACGACGCCAACCCAGGAAGCAUUCCAGGAAAAGCGUGGGUCUCUAGGAACCCCUCCGCAGGCGUCAAGAACAAUGCGAGAAUCGAGCAGCGAGACCACGCCAAAGCGCAAGCACAAGUCCAACUCAUCGUCCAUCUUUGGUAUCCCCAAGAUCUCCCGCUGGUCGAAGACAACCUCUUCUACCAAUCCUGAGAGUCUACCGCGUAACAGCGGGUCUGGAGAGAGGCGACCUCAAUCCACUCACUCUAGGUCUUCCUCUCUGGAUGACUAUUAUGAUGACGAAGAGCCGUACGAGCAGCAUGUCGACGAUAGGCUUCGGUCCAACACAUCUCUGACGCGGGAAGAGCAGGCAUCAAUCCGCUCUGCACGCUCUCCAUCGCCUCUUAUCCCUGAGGAGCAUCAAUAUGAGAUGGAAGACCCCAAAUAUCAGGCGCAUCGCAAUUCGUUGAACCUGCAACACCCCCAGCCGCGACCAGGGCCAACCGGUCGUCACCAGAACCAGUUGGAGAGCCAAGCGCAAAUCUACAACCCUGUUCGCUCAAGCAUAGGAUCCCCGGACUUUGAUCAGUGGGGUAGUAUGCCAUCACUUGCGCGGAACCGAAUGUCUGGUAUUUCGGCUCAACAGAAUGCUGGCAACCUCUCGCCAAUCUCGUCUGAUGGCUACAGCCAGCAAUCUGCCUCAGAGCAGCAAGCCGGCCCACCCCGGCCCCCUAAGAUUCCGGAUGAUGGCCCUCUCAUCCCGCCGCCACAGCUACUUGCCGGUUACGGCCAGACGAGGCAGAUGUACAGCUCUCCGAAUGAAUUCGGUAGCCAAGGUGCUUUGACACCUCUUGCACCCAUUGCAGAGGUGCGUUACUCACUUGAGACUGACCGGGGCCAUCGUAUGACACCCGUAGUCUCGCCUCGUCCGAGCAGCCAGUACCUCCGUUCCGCGGAUGGUAUGAGCACCCCACAGCGCAGAGUCACGGGUCCUAGGCCCAUGGGCAGCAAGAGCCCGCAGCCACAGAGUCCGCUGCAGCAUUCGGAUACUGUUGUUCGCAGGAAGCCUAUUGCUGACGAUGAAGAGUCUCUGCAGAGCUACCGCAGCAGUCUCGAUUCCGAGAUUUUCUAG